AUGUACAAUCUCUGGCACCGCAUGAGCUAUACACUAUUCAGAGGAAAAGCACUGGAGGAAGUACGGGCGUCUUUAUUUAGCAAAUUACAGUUAUUUGGAAGUGCAAAGCGUCAACAGCAACCCCUACUGGGGCCCACUGUGGCUCUUACAUUCAAUUUUGUGGUUUCUGUUAGUAUUAUCUUGAUGAACAAAUUGGUGCUUGUCACAGUUGGAUUCAAUUACCCAAUUUUUCUCACGUUCAUUCAUUACAUAUGUAGCUGGUUAUUAAUGGCCCUUUUAAAAGCUCUAUCUAUCCUUCCUGCAUCUCCUCCAUCAAAGUCAACCAAGUUUUUUUCAUUGUUAGCUCUUGGGAUAGUUAUGUCUUUCUCUACUGGCCUUGCUAAUAUAAGCUUGAAGUAUAAUAGUGUAGGAUUUUAUCAGAUGGCCAAGAUUGCUGUAACACCAGCCAUUGUUUUAGCUGAAUUUAUUCUUUUCCGAAAAAGAAUUUCAUUCCAGAAGGUUAUUGCACUUACUGUAGUAUCCAUUGGUGUUUCUGUUGCUACGGUGACAGACCUGCAAUUCCACUUCUUUGGUGCUUGCGUCGCAUUGGCUUGGAUAGUACCAAGUGCAGCAAAUAAGAUACUAUGGUCCAAUCUUCAGCAACAGGAAAAUUGGACCGCCCUGGCGUAUGUCACAUGCUCUCCUUGA